CGCCGCCAUCCCCCCUCCGCAUCACAGCGCUCGAUUCGCCCACAAAUCCAUGCACUGUAUCUGCAUCAGGAGAAGAAGAUAAGAGAAGGUAGGAGAAAAGAGAGAGAUGGAGAUGGAGGCGGCGGCCAUGGACUUCAACGCGCUCUCGCGCCGCGAGCUCCAGGCGCUGUGCAAGCGCAAUGGCGUCCGCGCCAACAUGACCAACGCCGCCAUGGCCGAGGCGCUCCAGGCCCUUACCACGGUCGAUGGGAUCGACGAGAUCGGCACGACGCUCUGCCUCCAGACGCCGGGGAAGUCGGCGAUGAAGUCGGCAGCGAAGGUGCCCGGGGUGGAGCAGCAGCACGGGAGCCCGCUCCCCCGCGGCCGCCGCGUGUCCGUGAAGUCGCCCGAGGCCAUCCGGAUGGAGGUCGAGGAGGGCGACGACGAGGUGAAGCGGGAUCUGGUGAAGGAGAUCGUGAGGACCCCCGGCGUGGCGUUGCGCAGCACCAGCCGCCGCGCGCGGGCCAUGCCCGAGCUGAUCCCGACCCCGGCGCCGGCGUCCAGCGUGCGCGCGACGACGAGGAGGACUGCGGCGCGUAAGACGGAGGAGGUGGUGCCGACCCCCGCCACCCUGAGGAGGAGCCAGAGGACGGCGACUCGGAAGGCUGCGGAGCCGGUGGGGGCAGAUCAGCGCGCCGAAGAUAUGUCCGCAGCAAAGAGAACGACGAGGAGGUCCGCGACAUCGAAAGUAAUGAUGGCUUUGGACCAGGAGGUAGAGGUGGCGGCGGCCGCACCAAAGGAGGAAAAGGCGCAGCAAGAGGAACCAAAAGAUGUUGCCUCUGACGUGAAAUGUGAUGACCCUGAGGAGGAGGUUACUAAGCUUCUAGACGGAGACAACAAAGAGGAGGAAUUAGAGGAGGGUGAGGAAGCUGAUUCUUCUGAUGCGGCCAUUGGAUCUGCAGUGGUUUCUGAUAAAAUAUGUGAUGAUCAUAAGGUGGAGGAAGUGACGGUUGUGGUGGAGGAAGAGGCUGCAAUGCCCCAGGAAGGAAUUGUGGAAGUACAUGAACCAAUCAGUGUUGAGGAGGCUAGUCCCUUGACAGCCAUGGAAGAUUCACCAAUCCUGGGCACCCUGUCCAAGGCGGAAGCCGCAAAACCAGUCAUUGAGAAGGCACAAGAGGCCUCAGUUGAGGAUGAGAGCUCUGCCGAAUGGUCACCUGCGAGAGAGAUGACUGAGGAAGUUGCUGUCAAUGAGGAGUCCGUCAAGGAUGAUGGUUUCACUGUCACUUGUGAGACUGAUCAUUCUCCCAAGGAGAUUCUUCUGGCUACUGAUGACCUCAGUGAAGAACAAGAAGGGGCUGCUGAUGAGAUGCUGCGUGCUGAACUGACAGACGAUGAUACCAGUGAAGAAGAUGACCUCAAUGAAGAUGAGGAUUGCACUUCGAAUGAUGAUGAGACCGCUGAGGAAAUCGACUUCACUGACGAGAGUGAUGAAGAUAAUGAUGAGACCAACGAGGAGAGUGACUGCACUGAAGUGAGCUGUGAUUUCGAUGGAGAGAAGGAGGAGUUGGUCCAAAUGCUUCAGGAAACAGCGAUAGCUGAAGAGGCCAAUGGAGAUGGUUCGGCUGAAGAAGAUGAUUUCACCAGUGAUCUACCACCAGAGUUCAACAAUGUCGCGGUAUUCAGUGAUGCUGAAACCGAGAGUGACAUCACUCUUCAAGUGCUGGAGGAAAACCAGGCUGCUGCUGCAUCUUCAACCAAGACCGCAGUGAAGACCCUGGAUGAGUUCACCAUCAAGAAGCUGAACAUCGAGUCCGAGGCAGUAGCACAGAAGCAGCUGCAAGUUGAGAAUCUUAACGCCAUGAGCCUAAGGAAGCUUAGAGUCACUUUAAAGGAGUGUCUUGCUGCAAAGCAGGAAGGGAAGAAGAAGCAGGUCGCUGAGGGGAAGAGGCUGGCGCUUGUGGAGCUGGAUGUCAACGCCUGCGUUGAUGACUGUUGAACGUCUUCUGCUGCGACGGGAUUGAAUAAAGGAAUGCUCUGGUUGUGAAGUGAUAACUAGGCUACUACUAUUCAUCUCCGAACGUUUUCGUGUAUGUCUGGGGAGGUCGUGAUCAGGUUGUGAAACCGUGGUUUCAGCCAACCAACUUGCAAUUCGUUUUGGUUCUCUCUUUUUUUCUCUUUGUUCUUGUGGCUGUUCUGUGUCUGUUACCUGGUUUAUCCAGUGGCCAUGGGUGAUGAGUCAUGAGAUGAUGAGACUAUAUGUUUUUUGGGUUAUCGUAAAUUAUCCUCUUCGGUAUUGAAA